UACUACAAAGAUGAGAUGGUAAACAGCCACUCAAUCCAUCAUUAAAACUAGUCAAUUUUAGAUUAAAAGCAGACAUCAAUGGCGUCGCAGCUGCAGCAGCCACCACGUAUAGCCAUUCUUGGAGCUGGCAUCUUUGUUCGAACUUCUUAUAUUCCCCGAUUAGCUGAAAUCUCUAAUUUGUUUCAUCUCGGAGCCAUUUGGAGUCGCACUCAGGAGUCAGCUGCAAGUGCUGUGGAGAUUGCUAAAAAGUUUUUUCCUGACGUGGAGUGUAAGUGGGGAGACUCUGGACUUGAUGAAAUCAUUCAAGAUGCGUCCAUCAUUGGUGUCGCCGUCGUCCUUGCCGGCCAGAUUCAGGUGGAUAUGUCACUGAGGUUAAUAAAGGCUGGAAAACAUGUCCUUCAAGAGAAACCUGCUGCAGCUUCUGGUACUGAGCUUGAAAGAGCAAUAUCAAGCUAUGCCGCUAUCAUCCCAGCCCCGAUCUGGGCUGUCGCUGAAAACUAUCGGUUUGAACCUGCCUUUGUGGAGGGCAAAAAACUGAUGGCUGAAAUUGGAGACAUUAUUAAUAUCCAUGUCAUUAUUGAAGGAUCAAUGAACAACUCAAAUCCAUACUAUUCAAGUUCUUGGAGACGUGGGUUUGAUGGAGGCUUCAUUCUAGAUAUGGGUGUCCAUUUCAUUUCUGGCUUAAGAAUGCUUGUUGGAUGUGAGGUAACUUCAGUUUCAGCCGUAACAUCUCAUGUUGAUUCAACUCUGCCUGGUCCAGACCAUGUCUCUUCAACGAUUCAACUGGAGAAUGGUAGUUCUGGAGUUUUUGUGAUGGUAGUUUCAUCUAGAACUCCAAAGGUGAUAUGGCGAAUUGUGGGCUUGAAAGGAACAUUACAAGUUGAGAGAGGUAGCAAAGAUGGGAAGCAUGGAUACACGGUUCUCCUUUAUACGGCUGAUGCGCAAGUAAAAAGCUGGUUUUACCCAUUCAGUGGUGUGACUGAGGAGCUGAAAACUUUUUUUUCAGAUAUUUCACUGGCAAAUCUAAAGAAGGAUGGCAACUACCAAGCGGAGCCUCGCCUUUCUUAUCUGGAAGGCGCUCGAGACGUUGCUGUUUUGGACGCAAUGCUCGAGUCUGGGAAGAAGCAAGGGGUGCCUGUUCAAGUAAAUAGGUUUUAGGUUACUACUGUAUUUGUAUCAGAAGACUGUUUAUCUGCACACUACUCAUGGAAACUUUGCAUGGACAAAUUAUUUAUUCACAUAAUAAAUACCAUUGACAAUUUGAACAAAUUA